AAAUGAGAGACAUCGGGCGCCAUUUUGACAGUAGGGACGGCGGAGUACAGCAUAAAGCAAAACGAAAACAGUUUGAAUUAUAAUCUUUUUCCAAAAAGGAGCGAAGCAGUCGGUAGGCAAGGCGAAGCGAUUUCGCUGAAAAACAAAUUGCUAAGCACAGAACGGAGAAGAGGAUGGCGGUCGACAGAAGGGACGAGAAAGAUGGUGAACUUAAUGUGUUGGAUGACAUCCUGACAGAGGCACCUGAUCAAGAUGAUGAACUGUACAACCCUGAGAGUGAACAUGAUGUUAAUGAGAAGAAAGGAUCAAAGAGGAAAAAUGAUAGAGGUGACCAUAACGACAGCAAAAGGCCAAGAUCUUCAGGCCGUUAUACCAGGCAAGUUGUCAAGAGAGCCCCAGGUUCCACAGUAAGCAGCAGCAAGAAACCUAUGAGUGCCGGAGGCAGACAUUCUUCAGACUACAAGAGUGAGGAAUAUCACUAUGAUAGAAGUAAGGACUGUGGUGACAGAAAGAACCACUCUGUAAGAGGGAGCAGCACAAGGGUUGCUCAAAAAUCUCACCAUCUGAAACCUGUGAGCGGAAGAAAGGAUUCAGACAGGAGGAUUAAACCGUUAAUGGCAGAGAAACUGCGUCGCACCAGUGUGGAGAGCGGGAGGGCAAGCCGUUCUUCCAAAGAGGGUGCAAACUCAGACGAGUAUGGGUCUGACCAGGAGACAGAAAGCUCGGCAUCCUCUGAGGGAAACAACUCUGAGGACGAGGGGAUGGAUGAGGAGGGGGUUGAGUGUGAUAAAGUUGAUGGGGAGGAUGAAGAGGAGGAUGAAGAGGAGGAAGGAGAGGAAGAUGAGGAGUAUGAGCAAGAGGAGGCAGAUCAGCGGGAGAGGAAUGAAGAGAACGACUAUGACACUCGCAGUGAGGCCAGCGACUCUGAAUCAGAGUCGGUGUCUUUCUCUGAGGGGGAAUCUAUUAGAUCUGGAUCAGGAUCUGAAGCAUCAGAUAAGGAGAAAAAAGAGAAGAAGCGGGCUAGAGGGAUUUCUCCAAUCGUUUUUGAUAGAAGUGGAAGCUCAGCUUCAGAAUCUUAUGCAGGGUCAGAGAAGAAGCAUGACAAACUUUCAUCCUCUGUGCGAGCUGUUCGCAAAGAUCCAACAAGUAAGCUGAAAUAUAUACUUCGAGAUGCAAGGUUUUUCCUUAUUAAGAGUAAUAACCAUGAAAAUGUCUCCCUGGCCAAAGCUAAGGGGGUGUGGUCCACACUGCCAGUAAACGAGAAGAAGCUAAAUACUGCAUUUAGAUCAGCCAGAAGUGUUAUCUUGGUAUUCUCUGUGAGAGAAAGUGGAAAGUUUCAAGGUUUUGCAAGGCUUUCGUCGGAAUCCCACCACGGAGGGUCACCAAUACAUUGGGUUUUACCAGCAGGAAUGAAUGCAAAAAUGCUUGGGGGCGUAUUCAAAAUUGACUGGAUUUGCAGACGUGAGCUGCCCUUCACAAAAACUGCACACCUCUCAAAUCCAUGGAAUGAACAUAAGCCAGUGAAAAUUGGACGUGAUGGACAGGAAAUUGAAUUGGAAUGUGGAACUCAGCUUUGCCUACUGUUUCCUCCUGAUGAAAGUAUUGACUUGUAUCAGGUGAUUCAUAAAAUGCGCCACAAGAGGAGGAUAAAUUCUCAGCCACGCUCGAGAGGACGCCCCGCCCGCCGAGAACCAGGUCGCGAUGUGGGAAGGCGUCGACCAGAGGAAUUUGACAUGCAAAGCAGAAAAAGACCAAGGAUUGACUAUCCACCUGAAUUUCCGCAGAGACCAGGUUUCAUGAAAGACCCUCGAAAUCAGCAUGUAGACAGACGUUUUACAGGAGUGCGACGGGAUGUGUUUCUAAAUGGGGCACUCCCUAGCUGGCCACGUCAAACCUCCCAAGAGCAGCACAAGUCUUACAAUGAUUAUAUGAGGGAAUUUCAUCACAGCAUCGGGCCACCCCCUCCCUGGCAGGCAAUGACCCCCUAUCCUGGAAUGGAGCAGCCACCACAUCAUCCUUAUUACCAGCAUCAUCCUCCACCACCUCAAGCUCACCCACAAUACUCUGGACAUCACCCAGUGCCACAUGACACCAGAUACAGAGACAAACGUGUGCAUGAUUAUGACAUGAGAGUGGAUGACUUCUUGCGGCGCACACAGGCAGUGGUGAGUGGGCGCAGGAGCCGUCCCCGGGAGAGGGACAGGGAACGUGAGCGUGACAGACCCAGGGACACACGCCGAGACAGAGAACGCGACAGGGGCCGGGAGAGAGACCGAGAGAGGGAGCGGAUCAGGGAAAGGGAGAAGGAAAGGGGAAGAUACCGAAGAUAAUAACCCAGCACUGUUGAAUACAAAAUCCUUUGUGUUUACAAUUGUGAAACUUUGUUGAAGUUGUCCCUUUUUUUUAAGAAACAAAAACACAAAUUACUUUUUUGUAUAUUAGAAACAAUGGCCCAUGUAUGUUUUGUGCAUGCAGUAUAACGAACUGGAGAGAAAUCUACCAAAAAUGCAUAUCUUAAACCUUUUCUUGUUUUUGUUUUGAUUUUUGAUUUGAGCAGGUGCAAGAAUAUAUGUAUAUAUCCUGUUUUAUAUGGACACAACUACCUGUUUGCCUUUACUGUUACCCAUUUAUGUGUUAAUCCUGAAAACCAGGGAUGGUAACCCUGCUCUCGCCACAUUCUCUUGUUUGUUAUUGCACAUGGUUAAAUGAAGAUGUUGCUGCUAAUAAGGAGUAUUCAGCUGUACUUGUACAGUGUAAUGAUGACUGUAUGGCAGUGUUGUAGCAAGUACUUUUUUUAUAGUCUUUUUUUAGAUUUCAAACCAUGAAUUUUCCAGUGUUGAAAGAUAAAAGUAAUAUUAAGACACUAUUGCCACCUAUUUUAAACUUAUUUUCAACCAUUUCCUUUAGGACCACUUAGGAUUCCAGUCAAUACUAUGUAUGGCUUAAACUAAUAAUACAGUGGCUUGCGAUGUACACAAUUUUUAGUUUGUAGUUAAAAAAAAAAAAAAAAAAAAAAAAAAAAAAAAACCAUAAAAUAGUACAGUAUCAUUUAGUGAUCCUUUUGAUAUGAAAUAAAACCAAAAAUAUCAUCUGAUUGUAUUUUUGCUUUUGUAUUGAUGCACACCAAGACAAUAUUUUUCUUCAAAGGACAGGCUUUGUAAGUACAAUUUUAAUUGGGAUAAGUGCAUGUGUAUUGGUAUUGCUAGUUUAGUCUUUUCUGGACUCUUAGGGUGACAAAUUGGUUUUGAUGUUAUAAAUUUGAAUUAGUAUGGGGAAAAGGGUGUUUUGAAUACUUCAAAGAAUUCUUUUCAAUAUAUUUAAAACCAGUUUUACAGCCUGCAAGAAUCGGAAAGUGUUUAUUUAUAAUCCUGUACACUGAGAGGCAGCCCACUAGAGGGACCCGUGGAUACUGGAUUUAAUUGUUUCAAUUUGAACCCAGAACAUAUUGUGAAGUUUCUAAGAAAGUGUCUGGUAUAAUUGCUUAAUCUGUGUUUUGAAAAGGUCUAAAUUAGAUCUGGCUUUAAUUGGAUGAUUUAGCUUGGGUACUAGGCAUUUCCUCGUUGAAACAAAGUCAUCUAUAUACAGUGCUUACAGGUUCUAAAAUCAGAAGAGAAUGAUUCCUGCCCUGACUUGAUGUUACAGCUGGUAAGGAGAACAUGAUGUCAAAUGUAAGGGAUGAGAUUUUGUUCUUGUAAAGGUAAUUAAGAAAAUAUCCCUUUUGAAUACAACCUAAACUCCUAUUAAUAAUGUUUGUUUCAUGUAGCAGUUUUUUUUGAACUUCUAAAGUUUUCGUCCCAUUACUGACUGAUCAAAAGUGGGGGAUUGAAGAAAGGUGGCCUUUCUGUGAUGGAUGAAAUCCAAAUCUACUGGUAAAUUAUGUCUCAUUGACCAGUCUGAAAUUAGAAAAACAUUACAGUUUAAAACACUCUUACAAGAAAAAGAAAAAUGGUCACUGGAAUUUAUACAGGACAGAAUGGAUUUUGGGUAAAAUUUAAAAAAGAAAAUGUCAGCAGCUGUUUUAAACAGGCAGUUCUCUGAUUUAUGUCGCUUUAUAUAUUAACAGAACAUUUGCUAACAUACAGUCAAUUAUCCACAAUGGCCGAGUUAUAUUGCUUUGAGUUUUAUAAUGGGUGAUUAUGGACAAAUUUGAUAGAAAGAGUGGUUACAAUGUCUUUCUAUGGCCCAUAGGGGGUGCUGUGAAUAUCUAAUUUACUUAAAUUAUUGUAUUAUUGUUCAAACAUGCCUAUACCUGGGUUUAUGCUUUUUUUUUUCUGAGAAAGUGCAUAUAUUAGCUUUCAUAUAUUAGCCCAUAUGCCUGUGUCGGAGUAUGUGUCCCCACAGCUCAAUAAAUGCAGCAUGUGGGAGCUAAGUUGUUUAUAAAUUUGCAAUACCAUACUACACCAAGUUGUAAAAGUAAAACUGAUUAAAUACCAUUUUAAUCUUUUAGUUAGAUUUAUUAUAGAUUUUCUUUCUUUUGAACUUUGUAUUUGUCAACCCCACAUAAAGGUGAAUGUGCCUGUUUGUGUAAUCAGUGCUUCAGAACACUGCUGUUGGUGCAUUAACAAGUAAAGCAAAUAUACAUUGUAUGCAUUUAAUAUGGACACUGCAGUAUUUCUACAAUCCCCAUAAAGUGAUACGCUGGUCAGCUGUUUGACAUCCUUCCAAAAACAUUCUCUAUUGAAGUAACUAGAUUGACUACUACAUCAUUCUGGUAACUGCUGGGUGCUCAUACUUGGGUAUACACUGUUUUCAAAUGCAGCUACCCUAUAGUUCCUUAUUAACACCUAUGUACCCAUAUCAAGAGCAUAAUUGCCCUCAAAACUAAAGAUAUUUAGUUUAGAACAUAUCCCUUGAACAACCUAAACUACAAAUAAUGUUUGUUUCAUAUAGCAGUUUUUUUUUUUUUUUUUUUUUUUUUUUGUGAUAGUAAAAACAACACAUUAAAGCUGUAGUGGGAUUUCUAAUAUAUUUUCACUUCCUCAUCAGCUCUAAUAUAGUCCUUCAUGCAUGUGUGUCUUGUGUAUAAGCACAUCCCUCAUACACUCUCCUGUUUGCACAGUAAUGGAAAACGGCACCCUUUAGGCCACAGUGGUGAGCAUGAAUGUUGAAGCACAGCUUGUAGCAACAUGCUUAGUCUUAUCUGAAUUGAAAAAGAGCUUUAAUCUUGUAAAAGCACAACUCGUUAGACAGAAUAUUUUCUUUGUUUUUGGGACAGACAAGGUCUAAAUACAUCCUUCUAGAGCUGGUAUAUCAUUGGCAAUGAAGUAAAAUAAAAAAUUGUGGCCGUUUUUCAUGUAUACCUGAAA